GAAAUAGGCAUAAUUUGUAAUUUUGUUUUAUAUUAAGGGCUUUUAUGUAACUUUACAUUUUAUAUAACCUAAUAUAAAUAUGCUGCUAAGGGUGAGCAGCUCGGUAAUUUUGUUUUGCACCCUCCACUUCCGCCUCACCACUUCCGCCUCACUUUACAUGGUAUCAGAGCAGAUUUCGCCAGAGCUUCUUCUUUCGCGCCGCCAAGGGUUUUGACUCCAUCACCACCGGCUCAGUAUUGGAGGUGAAGCCAUUGCAGAGGAUUCCGACGCUGAAGCCAAACCAGAUCGGAGGUGAAGCCAUUGCAGAGGUACCGGCCUACUGGGGAUAGGUCUUGGAGGCGCCAGCGUCGGCCUUGGACUCGAAGUGGUGCUGUUCGUCAGACAUUUUUGGGUUUUGAAGAGAGGAGACGGAGCAGAGGAGAGAUGGGAGAUUGGAUUUAUUGAUUGGGUUUUUCAUAUCGUAUUGACGGUAAUAUCGAUUACCCUUUUAUUUGCUUUUCUCCUUGGUUGAUUUGCAUAUUGAUUUGUUGCUGCGGAACUGGAUUCAAUAAUGACCGAGAAAAAUGAGACUUUGGCUAUCAAAUUAGAUGGAAAGAAUUUUUCUUUGUGGAAAUUCCAUUUUCAAUUCUUUGUAGAAGGCAAAGGUUUGUGGGGCUAUAUUGAUGGAACCGAGCCUAUGCCUAAAGCAUCAAAAAUCAAAGAACUUCAACAGUGGAAGAUGAAUAAUGCAAAAAUUGUUUCUUGGAUUUUGGCUUCUGUUGAUAUUAAUAUUGGAAUCCCUAUGCGAGGAUUUCGCACUGCUAAGGCAAUGUGGGAGCAUCUUGAAAAGGUCUAUCAGCAGUCAAAUUGGGCUAGGAAAUUUCAGAUUGAAUUUGACAUUUUCAAGUUUGCACAGGGUGAUAAAAAUAUUCAAGACUAUUAUGUUGCUUUCAUGAGUCUGUGGACUGAAUAUGAGCAGGGGAUUAUGGGUGACCAUGAGGACUGUUGCUUACAGAGUUUACAGACUCUGAAUGAUGAAAGAAAAGUGAUGCAAUUUUUGAUGAAGCUAAGACCUGAUUUUGAGCCUCUUUGUGCCAGUAUAUUAAACCGGGUAAAAUUGCCCUCUAUGGAUAAGUUAUUGGGAGAGCUCCUUCGGGAGGAGACUAGACUUUCAACACAAGCCACGUUAGACAAAGGGGAAGCUGAAACUGCAUUUGUUGCU